GAAAAUAUGAAGAUUACAAGUUGGAACAGCUGGAGAAGAGGGGCAUAGAGGUGCCUGUGAAGCUUGCAAGUGAGUGGGAGCUGCAACCCUCGUAGCAGAGAUUCAAGUGGGAAACAGAGGGGGAAUCCAGAGAGAAACCAGCGGGGGAAUUAGGAACUGUGACGCCGUGUCCUCUCUCCUGUGCCGGAGCAAGCAAAGGAAAGAGAGGUAGAGGAAAAAAGACUGAGCCUUGCAACCAACCAUCACCCUGACGAUGUGUCAGUCAAACACCCUGCAGGGACCAGAUCUGCACACAGGGAAAUGGCUGCGUUCAGGGAACGGCGGCAGCAGCAGCUGUGCCGGGGACCAGCACCCACAACUGGAGAGUCCAGGCCCGGCUGGCUCUGCCGGUGGUACACCAAAUAGGAGAACUCGUUUCAGGUUGCAAUUUCCCCAGCUGGCCCUGAGGCGAAGGUUGGGCCAGCUAAGCUGUAUGUCUAGGCCUGCUCUGAAACUCCGUUCUUGGCCUCUGACUAUUCUCUAUUAUCUUCUGCCUUUCGGUGCUCUUAAACCCUUGACCAGAGUGGGAUGGAGGCCUAUGAGCAGGGUUGCUCUGUACAAAUCGGUACCAACUCGACUGCUCUCACGAGCCUGGGGUCGCCUGAACCAGGUGGAGCUGCCUACAUGGCUCCGGAAGCCUGUUUACAGCCUGUACAUCUGGACGUUUGGAGUGAACAUGAAGGAGGCAGCUGUUGAAGAUCUGCAUCACUACAGAAACCUGAGCGAAUUCUUCCGCAGGAAGCUGAAACCACAAGCACGGCCAGUCUGCUGUUUGCACAGUGUGAUUAGUCCCUCUGAUGGAAAGAUCCUUAAUUUUGGACAGGUAAAAAACUGUGAAGUAGAGCAAGUAAAAGGGGUUACUUAUUCUCUGGAAUCUUUCUUGGGACCUCGCAUCUCCACAGAGGAACUGCAUUUUAGCCAGGCCCCACCUGGUAACUCUUUUCAGCAACAACUAGUCACAAAGGAGGGCAAUGAGCUCUAUCAUUGUGUAAUCUACCUUGCACCGGGGGAUUAUCACUGCUUCCACUCACCCACUGACUGGAGGGUGUCACACCGUCGUCAUUUCCCAGGCUCUCUGAUGUCUGUGAAUCCUGGAGUUGCUCGCUGGAUCAAGGAACUGUUCUGCCAUAAUGAACGGGUUGUCCUUACAGGUGACUGGAAACAUGGCUUCUUCUCUUUAACAGCUGUAGGAGCAACAAAUGUGGGCUCUAUCCGCAUCUACUUUGACCAGGACUUGCACACCAACAGUCCCUGUUACUCGAAAGGUUCCUACAAUGACUUCAGCUUCAUAUCCAACAACAACAAGGAGGGAAUCCCCAUGAGGAAAGGGGAACAUUUAGGGGAAUUUAACUUAGGCUCUACGAUUGUACUAAUCUUUGAGGCACCCAAGGACUUCAAAUUCCACCUCAAAGCUGGACAGAAAAUCCGCUUUGGAGAAGCACUGGGUUCUCUAUAGAAACUCCCUUGAGCAAGGUUUUCUAUAGAAAGGGACUCUUAUCACACCACUGAGUGUUCCACUUACUUAACAAUUAUGUAUCACUCAGCAGGACCUGGGUGAGGAAUAAAGAGGAUGUCAUUGUUAUGUUAAACUUGAGAGUAUUUGGUCUACAUUUACAAGGUGCUGAAUGCAGAAAGAGAAUUGAAUGACCAUAUAUGUAUCAGGUACAGCUGCCUUUAAAGAUGUUGAUGGUGGAGGUUUCUGUCCCACCCUGUGCCUCUAGUCUUUCAUGUCCUCCCCUCAAUGUGCCACAGGAUAAUUAUGUUCUUAGAGCCUGUAAGUCCCUUUUGAGCCUUCCUAGGCUGUGCCAGUGCAAUGGGGAAGGGUGGAGGUAGAGAUUAACUGUAUUUAAAGGGACAUUGACAAGCUGAGUCAGACCUUGUACCUUAUCUGCAAUAUCUGUUUUUCAGACCUUGAGUGAAGAAUGUGUUCUCAUAUUUAUUUUAUUUUAAGACACUCUGCUGAAGUUCUUAUAUAAAAGGCAGCCUGUGAAUGCAUAGAGCACCAAACAAUAUAAUUGGCUAGUAUGGCUUCACAGUCCAAAUUAAGCAAAAUGUAUAACAGCAUUAGUACAGUAAAUUACACUCAUCCAGGUUUUCUACUGUUGGACAACUUUAAUUCUUUGACCUGACAUUGUCCCUUUAAAAAUUGACUUUGCACUGUAUUUUAAACCUGAAAACACUGUGUCUACAUUCCAUAUGAUGAAGCUGGUCAUCUUUGGGAUUUUCUUUAAAAAAAAAAAAA